AUGGCUAUAGAUAGUUACAUGCUAGGCCACGAGAGGUGGUGGUAUAAACGGCGAGAGAUGAGUUGGGUAGUCGGCGGGUCACUAUGCUUCGAGCUGGUAGGGAGUGGAUGGGCAGGUCGUCGCCAAACCCUAGGAUGUGGGAACCGAUUCGGAUUAGUUUAUCAGACAUUCCGCGUGCCGAAGUCAUCCGCACCUCCAAGGGGAGAUCAUGGCUUUGGAGUCCAUACUGACCUCCCCUCCUCCAUCUCCUCUCAAAAGUCUUCCUUUGCUCCUGACAAAUCCAAUCCGCUUCACUCGAACGCAGACAGUAAUGGGAACUCUAGCAACGCUCCGCCUCUCAAUCUCCAGAAUCUGAUGAAAAAGAAGUCUCUCAUACCCGGUAAAAACUCCAUCCCUGCACCUGGACGACGCGCCUCGGCUUCAGAACAUGUGCUGGAGAAGGAGAAAGGUCCUUUACCUGGAUUUCCUAGGCGCGUUCAGACCUCGAAUCCCAACAUUGUUGCUUCGCACCCUCUGCCUCCACCUCUGUCGAUGUCUCCACUCUAUGCUGGCGCUGAUGUCGCUCUUAAACCAACUGAUCCUUCCCAGUCUCAUACUCUGCAAUCACCUACUGAAAAGGAUGCGCAUAUACCCGCCUCUUUUUCUGUUCCUGAUGUCUCUUUUGCAUCUCCUGCAAAGCUGAAUACGAAAUUCCAACACAUGCCUCAGCCUCAAUUUGGCGGUCCUCAGCGCACGAACGAAAACAGGAAUAAACAUAGAAGUGAGUUCGGCGAAGACGAAGCAACAUAUACCUACGAUGCAGAUUACGGUUCUGGUCAGAAUAAGAGAUACAAGAUGGAUGGUCCAGACAAAUAUCCUGGUCCAUUCUCCCCUGCCCCAUUGUCAAGUCCGCUGCGCGGGGCCACACGGAAUACCGCAACAGCCCUACAAGUUCAAAUCGUGGAUAUCGUCAACAUGCGGACAACGAAUCGGCAACAACGAGGGGCCCUCGAUAAACUUCUUGGACGUGAUGCCAACAUAUUCGUCGAAGAACAUAUGGAUAGUUACGAGGCCCUGAUAGAGUUGAAGUGGAAGAAUUGCACUAUGGACGAAUGGAUUGCUGGGGCCGAUGUACUCAAAGAUCCUCGAAUUUGUCAAGACUCAUAUGACAUGAAGCUCAAGUUAUUUGCAACCUUUGAUAUGCAAGUUGAUUCUCAUGGCGUUGUUCUCGAGGAGCGCCAGAAGGUUCUAGCUGGGGUUAAGCAGAAGUUGGUGAGCGAGAGUGGGAAUAUUCUGGGACGAGACAAGUCGUAG